AUGGCUGAAAUUCUCCUCGAAAUUCAUGGUCUACCAUUAGAAAAACUUCGUGCUCAGGGCUAUGAUGGGGCAUGCAACAUGUCCGGAAAACACAAUGGCGUUCAGGAAAUUGUAAGACGCUCGGCCCCUGAUGCUCUGUAUGUCCACUAUAAAGCUCAUUGUCUGAAUCUAGCCGUUGUGCACUCCUGCAAAGAGCCCAUCAUACGAACUAUGAUGCCUGUUGUGCAGGAGUGUGCAUUUGCGUUUCACUACUCGGCAAAACGCCUUGAAGCAUUUUCAGACGAGUUGAAGGAUGACCAAGACGUCAAAGAGGCGAUGGACAGGAAAACUAAAUUGAAGUCUCUGUGUGAGACCAGGUGGAUAAGCCGGCCUGAUGCUCUAAGUACUUUCAAAACAGCGUUUCUUGUUGUUGUCCAUACUCUGGAGCAUCUCGUCACACAACACGACGACAAAGCAGCUAUCUAUCUGUCCUCCAUUCUCCGAUUUGAUUUUAUUGUAGGUCUGGUUGCUUGUGAGCACAUCUUAUGCCUGGUUGUUCAUUUAUCACUCUUUUUACAGGAUCCAAAAUGCGAUAUGCUUUCCGCUAUCGAAGAGUGUCGUGUUGUUCUGACACAGCUUAAUGAUGCUAGAAAUAAUCAGCAGGUGUGGGACGCCCUUUUUGAAGAAGCAGUGUCUUUAGCUGAUCAGUUUGAUGUAGAGCCCACGUAG